AUGCCGUCAAUAAAUUUGCACCCGACUUCUUCGGACGCAACUAGGACAACGUCCUCCACGGUCCCCGUCGCUGCCAGCAACCCGCUGCCUCAACUCCUCCAAACCCCUUCGGGCCUGGCGAUUGUCGAGCUCCAGGGUACGAUCAACCUGCCUUCGAUCGAGGCCGAAGAAGAAUACUACGAGAAAUAUGGAUCGCCCUCGAGUAAACAUGGUGCUUCCUUCGAAACGCCGGUCGGAAAGCUCAUGUUCCCGGACUACUCGCCGCUGAACCCGGACGACACCAAAUGGAUGAAACGGGCGUACCUCUAUGUUGGUCGGUACCAGCGGAUGACGGGCGAGGUGAAAAAGCUCCCGCGCCCCAUUGCCGUCUUACAGAAGCGGGCUUCUGCUGCUCACAGUGAAGAGCUGGAGGUGGUGGAAAUUGUGCGCUACAAAGUGUUCUUCAAGAACCGACCAGAGCCUGUGAACGACAUCUGA